AGGAAACUUUCCUUUUUCUAUGUUAUUUCAAAAUCUACUUGGUUUUGGAAAAUAAAAACGCCUAAUUUGUCUAGAUUAUUCUCCAACAAGAUCGAUGUUAGUACCCUAUAAAUAAAUAACCAGGUUGGUUGAUUUGUUAGAACCAAAACUCAGAAAUCCCUCGAAAAAGAAAAGAAAAGAAAAACUCAAGAUUUUAAUCUGAAACACUUGAAGUUUACGAAUUACAAUGGGUGAAAGGAAAGUACUGAACAAGUACUAUCCGGCGGAUUUCGAUCCGGCCAAACUCCCUAGACGCAGGCAACCCCAAAAUCAUCAAAUCAAAGUGCGGAUGAUGCUCCCGAUGAGUAUUAGAUGCUGUUCGUGUGGAAAUUACAUGUAUCAAGGGACUAAAUUCAAUUCCAGAAAGGAAGACGUUAUUCGAGAGAUUUAUUUAGGAAUGAUCAAAGUUUUUAGGUUUUAUAUAAAGUGUACGAAUUGUUCUUCGGAGAUUACGAUGAAGACCGACCCGAAAAAUAGCGAUUACUUGAUCGAGUCCGGCGCCACGAGGAAUUUUGAACCGAGUAAUCCAGAUAAAGAAAUUGAUGAUUUUGAAGAGGAUAAGAUGAAAUCUAUUGAGAUUCGUGCCCGUGAAUUGAAACGGCAAGCUGAAUCCGUGGCCAGUAUUGAGGAACUCAGGUCUAUGAAGUCCAGGCAUGAGGUUGUGAAUCUGGAAGCAGGAAUAUUAGAUUUCUUGCAUCAUCAGGAAAAGAAGAUGGAUGAUAAAUUGAUGUUUUCGCCUGCACGCCCGACUACGAAGCAGUAUCCGAUUGUGCCAAUUGUGAAGAAACGAAAGGUGAAUGAAGAUGCAGUCGUCAGUUUUGUUGUCAAGAAGAGGAAACCAGUUCAAAAACCCAAAGAAGACAUUGACACCGCGCGUAGUGGACUCGGUUUACUUUCUCUCUGCUUGAAACGAUGUUGUUCUCCAGUUCUCCUUGUGUUAUUCUGAUGCUAUACGCCAUUGUUAAGAUGUACUUUUCUAUCUGGUGCACAAGGCUAUCUGUCUGUAAGUUUUUGUAAGUGCUUACAGAUUGUCCAAUGGUAUUCCAGUUCUUUCAUGACCUUGCAUCUUACUCCGUACAUUCAGUACACUAGAAGGCGAUCCAAGAAGUCAAUUUUGGAAAGUAGUUGAAGGGAGUUAUGGAGAAUGUAGCUAUUGCUAUCUGAGAAAGUAAACUAGGUAUUUCUGCAGAGGAAGAUACCUCAGAGGAGGCAUAAGGUAUUUAAACUAGCAAGGCACUAUUGACUCUUCUGAUCGUACUCUUGGUUUCAUUCUUUAGUCUUUCAAAAUUUCAUGUUUCUUAGAUUUAAAAAAUACAAUGUCACCAAAAUAUACUUGUGUGUGUUGCAGUGGUUUAAUUACUGGUAGUAGCUUCGCAAGGAGCUUACUCUUUGGAAUGUUGUGUCAUGUGUACACACAUAAUACUUUUUUUGCAAGAAAUAUUUCAGGAAAAUGGUACAAACAACAGUCCAUGAUCGAUAUGAUGACCACGAUAUGGCCUAUUGGACUAAAGACUGCGCUAAUCAUUAAAGAAAAAAAAUCAGGAAGGGAGGUUUUUUCUGAACUCUGGAGUAGUGGAGUGUAAGUUCUUCUUGUGAUAAAAAAAGUUUGGUAGUAACUGACAGUUAAUUUUAUUUUCUUCCUUGCAUAGUUGCAUCUUAAAGUAUAUUUUCCCCCUGUUUGUUGGUAUAGUUGAUGAUCUUUAAUCUUCUUGGAACACAUUUUGGGCAGCAUGCCAAAUCUGAUGUAAUAAUUGGUUCAUUAUGGACAAUGCUGAGUAGAGGUUGCAGUCUGUGCAGAUCUCUGUCAUGGUAAUUGUAUGUCCGUGAUCAUCAAGGAAUAUAUAGGCUUAUUGGAUAAUCAACCGAUAUUGUGUUAAAAGCAAUCAAAUUGGAAUAUGAUGUACUGUGGUUUACUAGGAAGGAUUGUCAAAUCAGGCUCCUGAGUCUUGCCUGCUGUAUAAGUUCUUAUGAGUUGUGACGACUCAACUUUUUGGUGGAUUAUCGAGUCUGUUAUGACUUGUAUAUACCUAUGUUAGUUUCAUAUAUAUGAACCAAAUAAGUGCAUGAUCCUUCCUUAUCGAGUAUUCACCAUGACGAAAUCCGGUUUCUUAAGCCUCCAUGUAGCUCGGAAAGUUUGAUCGAAUCUGAACUCGAAUUAACGUACAGGUCCAAAGCUUUUGUGUUUUUAACAUUUUAUUAUCUUUUAAUUUUUUGCUGAUUAAG